AUGGGCCAGGAGAAAUCUUUGCCCUCCAGAUGUACCUCCGCACAUGACUACCACCAUCACCACCAUCAUCAUCACCACCACCAUCACCACACGGGCUCGUCCACCUCCUCGACGACCUCGUCCGCCGUGCCGUCCCGCUCGCCGUCCACCGCCUCGACGACAUCGUCCGCCUCGUCCGCAUCGGCCGCCUCCUCAUACAAAAGCGUCGAGCGGCAGACCAAGUACCUCAACGAGCAUCUGUACAUCAAGUCCUACCUGGACAUCGAGGAAGAGGACCGCAACGCGAAGCUGCUCUUCCAGAAGGUGCGACCCGGCGGCAUACGGAACUACACACCCAAGAUACUGUCCGAGAACCCGAAGCAGGAUCUGGAUGUUUGGAUCUAG